AUGCUUUGCCUUGGACAUCGUCAUGGCCCUGGAUUUCAUGGUUUUCUUCGUAAGGUUUCAUGGUUUAUUAAGACUUUAAAAGCUCGUCACCAAAUUGCUUCUGAAGUUCAAAGAAUGAAGUCCAGAGUCAUCAAUAUUUCGAAGGGACAUCAGAGGUACCAUGAUAGAUAUGGUACAUUAGAGCAAGGCUUAAGCUCAAGGUCCACUGGUCUUAACAUAGCAUGCCAUGAUUAUCGUGGCGAUACCCUGCUACUUGAUGAAUCUGAGCUUGUGGGCAUCAACAAGCCCAAAUCACAACUAAUUAGGUGGUUAGUGCAUGAAGACCCCAGACUCAAGGUGUUUUCCGUAUCAGGAAUGGGCAGAUUGGGCAAAACAACACUGGUUAAAAAGGUCUUUGAUGAUGCAGUUGUGAAGAAUCAUUUCCAGAUCCAUGUUUGGAUCAUUGUUUUUGAAUCCUUCAAGAUUGAGGUGCUCCUAAAAGACAUCAUCAAACAACUUUUUAACGAAAUCAAGCAACCAGUCCCACAAAGGAUGGACAACAUGGAUACCAACAACUUAAAAGGGAUAAUUAAUGCUUUCUUGCAACAAAAGAGGUAUGUGCUUGUUUUCGAUGAUGUAUCGGAUAUUCAUGCGUGGCAAUCUUUCAGACAUGUGUUUUCUAGUGGCAAUUGUGCCAGUCGAGUGGUGCUCACAACCAAAAAUACAGAUUUAGCUUCAUCCGCUAGUACAGAAUAUCAUGGCAAUGUCUAUAAUCUUCAGCCCUUGACUCUCAAAAAGUCCUGGACAUUGUUUUGCAGAAAAACAAUUACGGAGAAUUCCUGCCCUUCACAUUUGGAAGGACUUUCAAAAGCCAUCUUGAAUAGAUGCGAGGGAUUGCUGCUUGCAAUUGUGGCAAUUAGUGGUCUUUUAUCAACAAAGGAUAAGAGCAGUGUGGAUGAGUGA